ACGAGUUCUGCUUCCGGGUGAGCGGCGGCGGCGCCAUAUUGCCGUGUCCGUGAAGGCAGGAGCGGAGCAGCGAGACCGCGGCCGCGGAGCGGUAGCAGCGGCGGCGCCGGCGGCGGGCGGCGGGGGAGAGUUUGAAAUAUAGACUAUAUAAAGACUUAAAAGAUGUGGGAUCAAGGUGGACAGCCUUGGCAGCAAUGGCCUUUGAACCAACAGCAGUGGAUGCAGUCAUUUCAGCACCAGCAAGACCCAAGCCAGAUUGACUGGGCUGCAUUGGCUCAGGCAUGGAUUGCUCAGCGAGAGGCCUCAGGGCAGCAGAGUGUAGUGGAACAACAAGGAAUGAUGCCAAAUGGACAGGAUAUGUCAGGAAUAGAGUCGGGGCCAAACAACCACAAUAAUUUUCAGGGGGAUCCCAACUUCAACAGAAUGUGGCAGCCAGAGUGGGGAAUGCCUCACCAGCCCCCUCACCCACCGCCAGAGCAGCAGUGGAUGGCACCGACCCCGGGCCAAAUGGAGAUCGUGCCUCCGUCUGAAGACAGCAACAGUCAGGACAGUGGGGAGUUUGCUCCCGACAACAGGCAUAUAUUUAACCAGAACAAUCACAACUUUGGGGGACCUCCAGAUAACUUUGCAAUGGGGCCAGUGAACCAGUUUGACUACCAGCAUGGGGCUGCUUUUGGUCCACCUCAAGGUGGAUUUCAUCCACCUUAUUGGCAGCCAGGACCACCAGGGCCACCAGGUCCACCAGCACCUCCUGCACCUGCUCAGAACCGAAGGGAGAGGCCCUCGUUCCGAGACCGCCAGCGCUCCCCCAUCGCCAUGCCUGUGAAGCAGGAGCCUCCGCAGAUUGAUGCUGUGAAGCGCAGAACCCUGCCUGCCUGGAUCCGCGAGGGCCUGGAGAAGAUGGAACGGGAGAAACAGAAGAAGCUGGAGAAGGAGAGGAUGGAGCAGCAGCGGUCACAGCUGUCCAAGAAAGAAAAGAAGGAAAGUGAGGAGGCCGAGGAGGGAGAUGGCCCACGGCUGCCUCAGAAAAGUAAAUUUGAUAGUGAUGAGGAAGAUGAAGAUGCUGAAAACACAGAGGCUGUAAGCGUUGGGAAAAUCAGCAGGAGUCCAUCCCCAGCUCCUCAAGAGGAGCAGAGUGAACCAGAAAUGACAGAAGAAGAAAAGGAGUAUCAAAUGAUGAUGCUGACAAAAAUGCUGCUGACAGAGAUUCUCUUGGAUGUCACCAACGAGGAGAUUUACUACGUGGCCAAAGAUGUUCACCGUAAAGCCACCAAAGCUCCUGCAAAGCAGCUGGCACAGUCCAGUGCACUGGCUUCCCUCACUGGACUCGGUGGACUGGGUGGUUAUGGAUCAGGAGACAGUGAAGAUGAGAGGAGUGACAGAGGCUCUGAGUCGUCUGAUACUGAUGAGGAGGAAUUGCGGCACAGAAUCAGGCAAAAACAGGAGGCCUUUUGGAGAAAGGAGAGAGAACAGCAACUGCUGCUGGAGAAACAGCUGGAAGAAGAAAAGUUGCAAAAUGAAAAAGUUGCAAAGGAGAUGAAUGAAUUUCUCAGCAAAGAGCAGAACAAUAACUCAACAUCCCAGGAGGCAAAAGAGCUGGAAGCAGAUGUGGGUCAUGAAAAGAAAAGAUCUCCCAAUGCAGUGGCUCCUGAGGCAGAAGUGAAAAAGGAGGGCAAAGAGAGGACAGGCAGGAGCGGGUCGGGCAGCUCUAGCAGCGGCAGCAGCAGCAGCAAUAGCAGGAGCAGCAGCAGCAGCAGCUCUGUCUCCAGCUCGUCCUACAGCACGAGCUCGGGCAGCAGUCGCAGCUCCUCGCCUUCCUCCUCUCCCAAGAGGAAGAAGAGGCACAGCCGCAGCAGGACGCCCUCACAUAAAGUUAGGCGCAGCAGGAGCAGGAGCUACACCCACAGGAACAGGAGGGAAAGGAGCAGGAGCAGGGAGAAAGUGAGAGAGAGGAGGAGAUCCAGUAGGAACCGCAGUGCCGAGAGGGGCGAGAGGCGGAGGAACCGCAGCCCCUCCAGGGACAGGAGCUGGGAGAGGCGGCGCAGCAGCAGCCGCUCCCGGGAACGCAGAGCCAACCGUGCCAGCCGCAGCCGCUCCCGGGAGCGCCGCAAGGCCGAGGAGCAGCGCAGGAGCCCUGCCGGCAGCAGGCACAAGCACAAGAGCGAGGGCAAGGAGCAGGAGAGGAAAAAGGAGCAGGGCGGGGGGACAGAGAAAGACAGGAAAAAGAACAGAGACAGGGAGAGAGAUCAGGAGAAGAGGAAAGAUAAGGCCAAGAAAGAGGAGAAGGAGAGCAAGGCCGGCGGCCAGGACGACAGUAAGCUGAAGAGAAAGCGAGACAGCGAAAGGACUUUCUCUCGCGGGGAGUCCAUCUGCGUCAAGAUCAUCAGGCAGGACUCCAGGCACGAGAGCAAAAAAGUCUGUACCAAAGAGAGCAAAAAGGGGUCAGGCUCGGAGUCUAGUGGCAGGAGUAGCUGUGAGUCGGCAGGGAGCAGCAGAGAGAAGAAGGGCAAGAAAGCGAAGCACCUGCGGGCCUGCUCGCUGGAGAAAUCCCAAAGGUCUGGUAAGAAGGCAAGCCGCAAACACAAGUCUAAGUCACGAUCAAGAUCCACGACUCCUCUUCGUCGUAAACGCUGAGGAAUUUUCUGGCAGCAGUGCUAUGACCUUUAAAAAUUCCAUGAGUUAUAAAAGGCUUGUCUCAUUAUAGAGGCACUUUGUGGCUGUGUAGGUGAAAGCAGAAUCCUUUUUUUUACCUGUAAAUAGCUGUAUUUUCUUCUUUUUUUGGGGGUUGGUUUUUUUUUUGUUGUUUUUCUCCCCUUCCCUCCCCCCCAAAUGCUGCUCAGAAUUCAAAGACACAAACUUAGGAUUUCUUUGUAUUCCCAGUAUUUUAUUUUUCUUAAGAAUAAACCCCUCCACCCCCCCUCAGGCCAUUCUCUUCCAGCUGUAAUGUUCUUAAAAUCACUCUUGAAUGUACUGUGAUGUCAAUAAAGCUCUUUAGUUCAUUUUUUUGGGUUAAAUUUCUUGCACCUGGGUCUUGUCUAAAGUCGUAGCCGUUCCCUUUUUUUCCCCCAAAGAAAGGAGGCAGCUUUGGAGCUAGGACAAAUUUCCAACUACUUGAGAGGAGGGAAAAUAAAAGGUAAAAUAUCUGUCAAAAAAAAUGUAAAUUGUGGAGGUGAGGGGACUGAGCUGCUGGGGGUGUGGAAGGAGGAAGAGCUCUGGUUAGUAGAUUUUGACUAACCUUUUGCUUUGGAGUGCAGGAGAUGUGCUGUGUGUAAAAUCUGGGUCACUGUAAAACAAGGCAGGAGCCCCGUAGGAACACCUGAGCGGUGUGACAGGGGGAAGAAGCUCUGGAACUGUCCCUCAGCCAGCUCUGGGGCUGUUCAGGGCUAUGACAGGAGCAAGAGUCACUGCUAGAGCUGUUUAUCUGGAGUGUGUUCAAGGCUGGCACUGGGGGCACGUCAGGAAACUGGCAGCAGGAGAACGGAGCGUUAGUGUGUGGUGAGCAUUACAGCUGGUGCUGCUUGCAGGGGCUGCCUCCUGCACAGCAGGCAGCAGUGUAGCUCCACUUCUGUCUUUAUUGUCAGCAGAAGGGGAAAAAGGUCCCCAGUUACCUCUGGGCCUCUGCAACUCCCUGAGCUCAGGGAGGCUGAGCCAGGUGGGGAUUGGUCUCUUGUCCCUAGUAACAAGUGACAGGACAAGAGGGAAUAGCCUCAAGUUGCACCAGGGGAGGUUUGGGUUGGAGAUUAGAGGAAAUUUCUGCCCUGUGAAGGGGUUCUCAAAGCCUGGCACAGGCUGCCCAGGGAGGUGGUCCAUUGUUCACUCCUGAAGUGUUUGAGAGAGGCUGAGGGCCAUGGUUUAGCCCCAGCCUUGGCAGAGUUAGAGAAGGGUUGGACUGGAUCAUCUGAAAGGGCUUUUCCCACCAAAACCAUUCUCUGAUUGCUGUUAGUAACAAGAGUGUGAAAUAAGUCAGAAACCCAAACCAUGACCCAUCCACAUUUAGGCACUGGAGAGCUGUGUCUAGGUCUGGUGAGGUAGAUGAAAGGCUGAACACCGCAGAGCCAUCAAAGAGCUCUUACUGUCUUCAGAGUGAAAUGAGACUAGCACAGGCACCUUGCAGUCUGCCUCCAGGAGCAGGUGCAUCCACUCAGCUCCCAGCUAGGCAGCAGCUUUGCCACCGCAGUUCUUGCCGUGGAUGAGAUGCAGGAGUGAAACGGCUCCAGUGGCAGGGACCCCAUUUCCAGGCAAGGGUUGUCAGGCAGGCCAAUGGCUGGUGCAUACCUGAGUAAUAGGUGAUCAGUCACCAGCUGCAUCCCCCCGACGAGGUCCUUCCCCCUGGAGUGAGCAGCUCCCUCCUAGCAGAAUCAGGCAGCACUCAAGCACUGCUCUGGCUUGCCCUGGAGACAAGGAUGGACUCGGCGCUGCUGGCUCUCGGCACACGGAAGGCACAGGCAGCACGGCUCGGGUGCUGCAGGAGGCGUCUGAGAGUGAGAGAUGCUACAACGAGGCUGAAGGAAAGCUGAGGAAGAGUUUCCAUCACGCACUGGGAUGGGAUUUGCAGUUCAGCUUUCUGUUCCCUCUGUUCUGAUAAAUGGCAGAGACUGUAUGGAAACCUUUCUGUUCUCUGGCAGCCCCUGGAAUUCUGUCACCUGUAAAUACCAGUUAGGGUUUGACACAGGCACUUCUCUGGGAGUGACCUGUAUGCCAAUAAAAGGAGCAUACUACCUCUGGA